AUGGCUCCUCCAAGACAAGAGCCGUCGCCCCCAACGCUUCCCCAGUCCUCCGAAUAUGCUGCGUUUAUGGACAAACUUGCCGCAUUCCACGAGAAGAGAGGAACAGAGUUGCAGCGCGAGCCCAGAGUCGGCAGCAAGUUUAUCAACCUUUUGGAUCUGUUCAAUGUCGUUGUAGGGCGCGGAGGAUAUGACAAGAUCAGCGACGAGAAGUUGGCCUGGAGGAAGUUGGGCCAGGAUUGGAAUUUACCUGCCAACAACCUUCCUGCUCUGGCCUUCGGUCUCAAGACGGUUUACUACAAGAACCUUGCCGCAUUCGAGAUAGCUGAGAUACAUAAGAAGGAUCCACCUCCAAGAGAGAUUCUCGAAGAUCUGACAGCUAAAGGCGGAGCCCUGCUCUCCCGAACUGUUGACAACUAUAAGCCAGCGCGACGGGAAACAGGCAAUCUGGGUCAUCAUGAUUCAGAGGCUUCGGGAGACGAUGGUACGCCUUCAAGAGAGAGGAACGGAAGUGAGGAGACACCUGGCUCCGGUGGGAGAGUAACGAGAGGCUUGCGACAAGCACCCCCACAGCGAGUCCUAUUUCAACCAGAAGUCCACUCAUCGUCGCGACAAACCAGACAUGUAGCGACGACCUCUCAUACAUCUACCCCACAGCAUCACAAUCAGCACCAAUUGCCUCGUGUGGGUGCUUCUUCAUCCUAUACGCCUUCAUUAAGUGAGCACCAGUCUCAAGCCGUGGAGAGAUACGAACCUCGCCCACAAAUGCCCCUCACUCUCCGGCCAGUAAUUACUCCUGGCAAUAACGCCGUAGAGUUCUCUAGGCGGCAAAAAGCCUAUAGAGACACGGCUCUAAUGGCAGCAUAUGCGAGAACUCCCGCACCUUUAAACAGAGGUGUAAUGCUCCCCGGAUCUGGUUUCGAUGGCCCCAAUAUCUACGUCCGCUGUUUGUGUGCUCUGAAAUCUGGAAUUCCAUCAGAGCAGGAAUACGCAUUGCACCAUCUUGUCAAGAUAUCCAUGGAACGAGGAGACAAAUACAAGUUUGAGUCUUUCCCGGGCCUAGCGGAGGCGCUUAUCGAGAAGGUCUUGGAGGUCAGCUCUUUGCUGUAUAAAGUCAAAUGGCGAAUCGCAUACACAGAAGACGAACUAUCAGCUACCCCUGACACCCUCAAUGGUAUUGACGGCACCCCAGACAUCUUGCAGAGGAUUUCAAAACUUCCUAAGCUAGCCGUCGAUGAUAAUAUUCAGCCAGCCGAGUUUAGCGAUGUGCUUCUACAGGUUAAUGAAGCCGGCCUGACACUAAGAAACAUGGUCAUGCUAGAGGAAAAUGCUUUGUAUGUUUCUGAGAUGUCUCCAUUACGAGACUUCUUGACUAUUGCGCUUAACCUCCCAAAACUCGAUUGCCUCACAGAGUUGAAGCAUUACGCACUUGAUAUAGCAGAGCAGCUCACAAAGUACCUUCACUUCGAGGAAACCGAUCCGCUCUACAUUUCGCUCCUGGCACAGCUCCAGUCCGAGGAUCGAGGUGCAAUUCUUACAUGUUUGCGAGCCAUCAGUAGGAUAUCCAUGACUCUCGAGGAAAACAAUACCCUGAAGGGAAUACCCAGUGCAUGCAUCCAGAAUAUUUUAGAUUGGACGUUGCUCAACGAUGACGAGCUUCUCCAUGCUUGCUUGGAUAUUCUAUAUCAGUACACGGCCGUCGUUGCUAAUGUUGAUUUCCUCACCACGAAUUCACUUAUCGAACCUCUUGUCAACCAGCUCACCCGCCUCUUGGCUCAUGGUGCGAACCAGCUUCUUAAGUUAGAGGAACCUGAACGUAGUUCACAGUGGCUCCGCUGUCUUUUUGAAGAGGACCGGGAUGAGGCUAUCACUCAGAUUGCCCUUUGGCAAGAGUAUCAAGCUUGCUUUGCACCUACAGUUGUGGAAACUGGACGACAACUUUUGCCAGCUGCUGAAUUUAUCAAAAACGUCAGCACGACAUUUGCUGAAAAGGCAGCCGCACAAGUUCAACCAGGACCAAUCCAGAAAUUCAUUAUUAAGGGUAUCAGAAUGCGGAGCGUUCCCGUUGAUCUUAAAGGAGAACCGUACAGCAAGUGCUAUUGGAAAAGUGGUGCUUCUCCAGGUGAUCAAGGACCCUGUAACAAAUUCUUCAUGAGUCCAGAAGAGAUGUAUCGACACAUUCUUCGAGAUCAUGUAGGUGCUCCUGAGUUGGAAGACGGAAAGUUUGAUAACUCACAGGUAGGUCAAUAUACCUGUGAGUGGGAACAUUGUCGUCGUUUCAAGGGGAAACCUGCCACCAAAUUGCUGCAACUUGCAACGCACAUCAAAGUCCACCUGCCGCCACGACGAGUUCCUGCCGCAAACAAGGACUCUGAAUACCUUGGCCCGCCUCCAGCGAAGAAAUUGAAGCCUUCAUACAUCAUCUCGCCACCAAAGCAAGCGUUCAUGCUUCAUUUUACAGCUGUGGAUGAGCGUCACGAGGCUGCGGGAGUCCCUCUCAGCGCUGUCUUGGUUCUGCGCAACUUAGCUCGUAAUUUAUCGAAGACUCAGGCGGAGGAGAAAGCUAUGAAGCUUCCAGGUGCUGUGUCUUGGGUUGAUCGUUUGUUCAAACCUGUUUCGCCGCGGCUGUAUGAAACCAUGGCGCACAACAAGGCUUUAACUCCAUACAUCACGGACUUGAUCAACGCAAUGAACGACGCUUGA